GAAUGUGGUGCCGCCCAGCUCAUGUGUGCUUGUUGUGCCGCUGUGUCUGCUGUGUUGCUGCAGAUCUCUUCAUUCAUCUCACCACAAGGCAAGACCUCGGUGGACAUGGUUCUGGUGGUGACAAGGCAAGUGCCCGACGAUCCACUGACGCUCGAGAGGAGGGAGAGAGCGGAAGGGGGGGAAAGGGGCGGAGCGGAAAUUCCAUCAUCCGUUCUGUUGCGUGCGUGUGUUUCAGUUGCGGGAGCCUCAUUUCGUUUCGUCUCCACGACAAAACGGUCAGGCAGGAAAUCCGACGACACACGACAGACAGGGGCGAAAGCAGCCAGGAGCGCAGGAAGGUUAUCGUUGUUUCGCCGAGCGUUUUUUCACAAGGCAGAUGGCGCUUGAAGAGAGCACAAUUGCGCCACACACGGAGGUGCCGUCGAAGUCCCAGCUAUGUCAAGAUCUGCGGCUCACGGAGACGGAGGAGUCGCUGUUCGAGCUGCUGCUCAAUGCGGUUGAGGACAAGGGUCUUGACACCACACUGCGUGUGGCGGGCGGCUGGGUGCGGGACAAGCUGCUGCACUUGGGGAACACCGCCUCGCACGACAUCGACAUUUCUGUGGAGGGAAUGCUGGGGCGGCACUUCGCCGAGCACCUCAAUGAGUGAGUGAGCGAGGGAGUAGUGGACGCACUCCUGGAAGGGCCGCCGUCAGUGGAUGUGUGUGUGUACACGUGCAGCUGGUUAAAGACCCGUGGGCUCCCGCCCCGCAAGAUAGGUGUGAUGGCGGCGAACCCCGAGGAGUCGAAUAAGCCUGAGAGGGCGACGCUCAGGCUGAAGGGUGUACAGGUGGAUUUCGUCAACCUGCGGACCGACUUCUGCACGGAGGACUCGGGGAUGCCGACGAUCUACCAGACAGGCAAACCUGGGGGAGCUUCUGUCGCCUGUGUGGUAGACGCCUAUCGUCGGGACUUGACGAUCAAUGCCCUCUUCUACAACCUGCACGAGAAGAAAGUGGAAGACUUCACCGGUCGAUCUGUGGAAAGAGUGACGGACAGAGAGACGAGCCGCUGACUGAUCCGCGCUGCGCUGUGCUGCGUUGCACUGCAGGUCGUGGUAUCGAGGAUCUGAGAGCUGGCGUGCUGCGAACACCACUGGACCCCGUCAAAGUGCUGCUCGGAACCCCCCUGCGCGUGCUCAGAACCAUCAGGUGAACGCACAGACAUCUGAGGGCUGCCGCAUCUGAGUCACCCGGCACAUGUGUUUUGAUCGGGCUUUGCAGAUUUGCGUCUCGUUUCAAUUUUCGCAUCUCGCCUGAGCUCGAGACAGCGUGCCGCGAUGCGCGGGUACACCAAGCGCUCGCAGACAAGGUGGUGACCAACUGCACACACGCACAUCGCACAUGACUGAUCGGGGGCACACGCUGUCUGUCUGUCUGCAGGUCCCCCGAGAGCGCAUAGGUGCCGAGCUGGACAAGAUGAUGAGCUGCAGCGACCCUGUUCAGUGUCCCUGGCAGCUGCUCACUUCCUUCGGACUGGCCCCCGUCCACUUCCUGCAGCCAGAGGUGCUCGACCGCUACGUGAGGUCCUCAAAGUCGCCCAACGAGAUGUGUGUUGACGGGAUCCUCAGGGACGGCCUGAUGACCGUCAAGAAUCUGCACAGUGUGAUGAAACAGUAUGCCAUCAACAACGCACACUCGACGUGCUUCCGGGCACAAUAAGGGGGAUUGUGUUGUGUGUGUGCGUGGGAUUGUAGGUCUGUUGAGCAGUGGGGUCCUGAUGAGAAGAAACUGAUGAGCUACGCGGCAUUCCACGCGCCGCUCGCCGGUCCGAACACACAGAGAGACUCACUCACGUGAACGCACACACAUCUGGAACGCACUGCUUCAUCUGGACCGGUCUCUCUCUCUCUCUCUCUGUGUCUGAUUUCCGUUUGCAUUUGCAGGCCUGCAGUAUAAGGUUGACAAUGGCAGACUCUCGCCCCUUAUCAGCCACCUUCUGGGCAGCCGUCUCAAGCUUCCAAGACAGGUCGCACAGGGGUGAGAGGCUGAGCAGACUACGACAGACCGAGCAAGACACAGCACCUCCAGCUGCUUCCUUUCUUGUCGUGUCCUCAGCGUGGCUCUCAUCUUGUCGACAGCUCUCGAGUUCCAGCGACUCGUCGGGGAGUGGGCCGAAGGGGCCGUCCCGCCGCCUCCAAAGACCGACGGAGCCGCCCGAUCUUCUGCUGCGGAUCACUCUGUCCAUGACGCUGAUAAAGCUUCCGAUGCAUCUCAACGGUCGCGGUACGGCAGAGUGGAUCUGGGCCUCAUAGUCAGGAGAGCGGGGAAACUGUGGAAGGUACACAUAUACACACGCAGAGCAAGCAGGCAGCACUCGCGCAACCGACCUCUUGUGUGUAUUGUGUGUCCCCAGGCAUCCCUGGCGGUGGCAAUGGCCGGGGCCAUCGGCAGAACGCCCCUCGAGUCAGCCCAGCACCUGAUGUCCGGCUACAGGGCCGUUGAGGAGGCCAUCGAUGAGUUCGGGCUCAUCGGUGUGUGGAAGCGAGAUCCGCCUCUGGGGGGGAAGGCGGUCAAGGAUGUGCUGCCUUGUCUGCCGACGGGGCCCGAGCUCAACGAGAUAAUGAAGCACGUAAUGGACGCGCAGGUGGUGUGGAUGCUGGCGCACCCUGACGGCACGGCCGAUGAGUGCAGGGAGUUCAUCAAAAGGGAAGUCGGUCGGUUUUGCGGCGUAUCACGCGCCGAGAGCCUCACGUCCUUGAGAUACUACCGCUACGUCAGAGAUGAGAGCCCCGAUGGUCCCUCACUCUAUGGCGAAAUCAGCCAAAGCGGAGAGUUCAGCAGCGAAGAGAUGUUCGGCCCUGUGGUGGUGUCCUUUGAUAUCGACGGCACCCUGGCGAACAUCGAGAAGCGACUGGCGCUCAAACCGGUGAGUCUGGAUAGGACAGGCCUGUCGUGCUGCCUGUGAGUGUCGUCACUGUCACUGUGUGUGCGGUCAGGUCCCCCGAAGCGACGCGGAUUGGGAUGUGAUACUGAGUGGCGACAACUACUACCUCGAUGAGGUCAGUCAGCGACUCGUGGGCACACGAGAGACGCUCCAUUCGCAUGAUUCACAUGCCUGCCUGCCUUCUGUGCUGUCUGUCAUCUUUCGCUGCGGUGCCGCGUCAUCGUCACGACAGCCGAUUCCUGAAGCCCGUGGUACGAGCAGACUGGCCAAUGAUUGAUGCACCCAUAGCCGAGUCUGCUGCUGUGCUCGUCUUCGUUCAGCCUUCCUGCAGCAGCUCGUCCAGCUGACCAGACACCACCCGGCCGACGGCGACCCUCCCUCGUCGCCCAUCACCAUUGUCUAUCUAUCGGGCCGUCGAGCGGGCACAGAGGUGCAGACCUCGCAAUGGCUGGCGGCCCACGGCUUCCCACAUGGCGUGAUAUUCCACCGCCCCAAGGGCGUCAAGGGGGGUCUGUUCAAGGAGCGUGUGUUGAGGUGCCUCCACCAGCCGCCGAGGCGGCACGUGAUGGCUCAUGUGGGCGACCGGCCGAUGGAGGAUGCUCUGGCCGCUGUCAAGACAGGUCGGUGGGCACACACACACACACACACACAUGUACGCAGACAGCUGGAUGUGUGCGCGGCUUCUGUUGCGUGCGCGGCAGGGGUGCGGCCCGUCUUGAUUGCUCCGAACGAGUGGACGGGCAAGGCCCAUUCGGCGUCUCAGGAGUGCGAUCGGCCGGCUGGAUGGGUGGCGACAUCGACGCUCGAGAGCAUCGUGGACGACGAGAGCCGUGAGGGCAAGCAGCCGUCGAUGAGCUCGCGCGAGGUGGCCGAGGGGCACUCUCUGCUGCGCAUCUAG